CGGUGAGUGGACGGAGAUCCUCCUGAUGAGGUCCUGAAGAGUGGAGGUCCGCUCAAUUUCGUAUCCUGGUCUGGUGGUGAAGAUGCUUCUGCCGUCGUCGUCUCGCCAUCUCAUCCUACUUCUCCUCCUGAACUAUGUUGACGCUGGACGAGUUCUGUGGAAGAUCAAGGAGCGCGCGCGCGACCUCCAACUGCAGGACGCCAGGCGCCAUCUCCUCGGGCGCACCGUCGGCGGCCACCAGCUUCUCCGACACGUGAGGGAGGGACGGAUUCACCAGCCGCUGGACCACUUCAACAGACGGGACGCUGCCACCUUCCCUCAGAGGUUCUUUGUGAAUGAGGCGUACUGGCAGCGUCCCGACGGUCCGGUGUUCCUCUUCAUCGGAGGAGAAGGGCCCAUCUUUCAGUUUGAUGUUCUGGCAGGUCACCACGUGGACAUGGCUGAACAGCACGGGGCUCUGCUAUUGGCUGUGGAGCAUCGUUUCUAUGGUGACAGCAUCAACCCUGACGGCCUUAAAACGGAGAACCUGGCAGACCUGAGCAGCCAGCAGGCGCUCGCUGACUUGGCUGCGUUCCACCAGCACAUCAGCCAAACCUUCAGUCUGAGCCACGGGAACACCUGGAUCAGCUUCGGAGGCUCCUACUCUGGCGCUCUGUCCGCCUGGUUCAGGGGAAAGUUUCCCCAUCUGGUGUUCGGGGCCGUCGCCUCCUCGGCUCCUGUAAAGGCGAAGCUGGACUUUUCCGCCUACAACAAUAUUGUGGGCCUGAGUCUCACGAAUGGAGCAGUCGGUGGUUCGGAGAAGUGUGUGGCUGUGCUGCGGGAAGCCUUUGCUGCUGUGGAAAGGACGUUGAUGGGCGCUGGGAACGUCAGCCAGCUGGCCCUGGACUUUGGCUGCUGUCAGAUCCCCGAGGAUCCUGAUGAUAAGAUUGAGCUGAUGGAAAACCUGGCCGGCAUCGUCAUGGGAACGGUGCAGUACAACGAGGAGGGAGUCCUCAUGUCCAUCGGAGAGCUGUGCGGCCUCAUGACCAACAGGAGCGAGGCACGCGCGGCCGAGAUGGGGGCGUACGGACGCCUGGUUCAACUUGCUCAGAUUUACCGCUCCACCUUUGAAGAACCCUGUCUGGACGUCUCCCACGAGAAAACAGUGAAGGAUCUGAUGGACACGUCUCUGCACUCGGGCAGGAGAGCAGCAGCGAGACAGUGGACCUACCAGACCUGCACCGAGUUUGGCUUUUACCAGACCUGUGAGGACGCCACCUGUCCGUUCUCUGGGAUGCUGACCCUGCAGACCGACACUCGGCUCUGUCCCACGCUGUUUGGCGUUUCCCAGCAUGCCCUGCCCGCGCGCGUCGCCUUCACCAACGCUUACUACGGAGGAGACGACCCCCCCACACACAGGGUCCUCUACGUCAACGGUGGGAUCGACCCGUGGCAGGAGUUGUCAGUGGUCCGAGGCAGGACCGAGGGAGACGAGGAGGCUCAGACCGUUUUCAUCAAAGACACCGCUCACUGUGCCGACAUGACGACCGGCCGGGCCACAGAUCGCUGCACACUGAGGAAAGCCAGAGAAGUCUUGAGCUUUUCUGCUUGAAAUGUCCUUCUCUCAGGAGAUUGAGAACCAUGUGACCCGGUGGCUGAAGGCCGCUGCUCAGCAGAGGAUGGGAAAGCGACAACAGUGACCUGAUUUUUUUCGUAAUAAUUUAUUUCGUUCUUUUCAGUGUAAGAACAAGAACAAUUUUUUAAAACAAAA